AAACUUCGAUAAAGUUUUAUAACGGACAUAAUUUUCUUACUUAAAUCGAAUGUUUAAAUUGUAAAUAAAAUUUAAUUAAUUUUAUCUGUAUAUAAUUAUAUCUUGAAUACGAGUGUUGUACAUAUAUAUUGUGAUUUUAAUGAGUGUAAUAUUGUUGUAUUAUUUACGCAGAAAUAACUUCUUUUAUGAGAAGUAUGUGUGAAAAUUAAGUGUUACAUCAACUUGUUUUGACUUCAGCUUUCGCUCUGGAACAAAAAUGAAUGACCCGGAUAUAAGCUACAACAGCUCGUUGCUGAGAAUGCGCGAGAUCACAUCGACCCUGGCUCCAUUCACGACCAUCCGGAAUGCGAGUGUGGCGAAGCCUAACAACGCAUACGAGUGGCGUUUCAUAUUACCGCCGUAUUUCGUUAUAUUCCUGCUCUCCAUAUGCGGGAAUUGUCUCGUCAUAGCGACUCUAGCGAGCAACAGGCGAAUGAGGACAGUCACGAACGUUUAUUUACUUAAUUUGGCCAUUUCGGACUUUUUACUUGGAGUCUUUUGUUUGCCGUUCACGCUCGUCGGACAGAUAUAUAGGAGGUUUCUGUUCGGGGCGGCCCUAUGUAAGCUGAUACCUUUUCUGCAAGCUGUCUCCGUGUCUGUGGACGUGUGGACAUUAGUCGCCAUCUCCCUGGAACGAUACUUCGCCAUCUGUCGCCCGUUGAAGUCCAGGAAAUGGCAGACACAAUGCCAUGCAUACAAGAUGAUAGCCAUGGUCUGGAUCCUGUCAUUGAUCCUGAACUCGCCAAUCAUGCUCGUGUCUACAUUGCAGCCAAUGAGAGGAAAUGCCCACAAAUGCCGAGAAGUGUGGAGUAGCCUCGAACUGGAACGUGCUUUCAACCUUGGUCUGGACGCUGGACUUCUCCUCCUUCCGUUCUUCGUCAUGUCCUUCGCCUAUUGUCUGAUCGUCACCAAGUUGUGGCGAGGAAUGCGGCACGAGAUUCAACACAAUUUCAAUUGGCAGAGGCAUCUGACGCAUCAAGCGAGCUAUAAGAACAAUCAGCUACUUCCCGCAACCACGAUUAAGAAGAGCAAUUCUGCCGACGUCUGCUGCAACAAAACGAAUCAAACGAACCAGAAGAAACCAAAUAAGGAUACUUCAGAACAAGUGGAGCCAGACGCAAGAAGCACACAGCCAUAUUGCAUGCAUGCCGUCGACCACGAAUUCAGGCAUUUCGUAAGGUCUACCCACAUUGACAAGAGCAUCGAAGCUAAAAGAAAGGUAAUAAGGAUGCUGUUUGUAAUAAUACUGGAGUUCUUCGUGUGCUGGACACCGUUACACGUUAUUAAUACGAUUUACCUAUUCUACCCAGACCAGUUGUACGAGCACAUAGGUUCAAAGGGAAUUAUUUGCUCACAGCUCCUCGCCUAUUGUUCGUCUUGCUGUAAUCCUAUCACAUACUGUUUUAUGAAUAGAAAGUUUAGGCAAGCCUUUAUAAGCUUAUCGAAAAGCUGCGGGAUCUUUGGGUUGUGUUGUCGUGAAAAAUCGGAGAGCGGAAAGCAGGCUGCUCCACCACCAGUCAGCUCCAGCCAAGAGGUCACCGCUUGUGUCAUAAGAGGCAGCCAGACUGGACGCACUGAGCUGGACGGACUGGAGGGGGAGGAUUGUGUUUAGCAGCGGCUCACACAGCACUGUUUUGGGAAGCGGCGUCCAUCCCGCGCUGCCAGCGCCCAUCGUAUCAAGACCCAUUACACAGGUCAUAGAAACAGGCGAAGAAGGGAGCCAGUUCCUAUACCGGAUAACAUGGUCGCGAGCCGGGCAACCCAAAACAGGGCCCACACUUCCACUUUAUGAGU